GCGAGAGAGCAGCGAAGAAGAGGAAGACGUUGUGGCAGUGGUACUGAAAGAUUGAUUCGAUUGGCGAUUGGCUGCCCGCAGAGUUUCCUUAAACGACCAGACGACGCAGAAAUUAAAACUCCGGCCACCAUGGCAGCGACAUUGCGAAGAUUCCAUGGCUUGAGAUUGCUGAAAUCCGCGCCAGCACUCAGCCUGCAGCAGGCGAAGAACCUCUCCUCCGCCGGCAGCUGGGCCAGUGGCAACAAGAAGCUGAUCGGCGCCUUGGGAGCAAUCACCGGCGGAGUGGGCGCCCUUAUCUACGCCCUGGAGCAGUCCGUGCAGGCAUCUGGCGGCGAGGUGCACUCCCCCGCGCAACUCUGGAACCACAAGGGCCUCUUCGACGCUUUGGACCACCAGAGCGUUCGUCGCGGCUACGAGGUGUACAAGCAGGUGUGCUCCGCCUGCCACUCGAUGCAAUACAUUGCCUACCGCAAUCUGGUUGGUGUCACCCACACCGAAGCCGAGGCUAAGGCUGAAGCCGAGCAGAUCACGGUCAAGGACGGUCCCGAUGAUACCGGCAACUACUACACUCGUCCUGGCAAGCUGUCGGACUACUUCCCAUCGCCGUAUCCCAACGAGGAGGCGGCCCGUGCUGCCAACAACGGUGCUUAUCCUCCGGAUCUGAGCUACAUCGUGUCGGCCCGCAAGGGCGGAGAGGAUUACAUCUUCUCGCUGCUCACGGGCUACCAUGAUGCUCCUGCCGGAGUGGUGCUGCGCGAGGGUCAGUACUUCAACCCGUACUUCCCGGGCGGUGCCAUUUCCAUGGCGCAGGUUUUGUACAACGAGGUCAUCGAGUACGAGGACGGCACACCGCCGACGCAGAGCCAGCUGGCCAAGGACGUGGCCACUUUCCUGAAGUGGACUUCCGAGCCGGAGCACGACGAUCGCAAGCAGCUGCUGAUCAAGGUGAUUGGCAUCCUUGGCUUCCUGACCGUCAUCUCGUAUUACAUUAAGCGGCACAAGUGGUCGUCGCUCAAGUCGCGGAAGAUUGUGUUCGUGCCCAAGGAGAAGUAGAAUGUUUGAAUUUGAUUUUGAUGGUGUGAAGAAAUGCAGUGUUAUCGCGGCUUUACCGACUAAUAAAGAUAAAUCAAUUUUAAGCAAAAACCAAAACCACACACAAGUGAACAAGCAACAUCCGCAACCACCAAGUCAAUGUUCUCUCCGCUGAAAAAUAUAAACACAAAUACUAUCCCAAUAUGCGAGAGCCAGCCAACCAAACGAUUCAAAAUAAAACUAAAUAGCUAAAUCUAAAACAUCCUUGGUAACCUACUGAUGGUAACCAAACAAAGAUCGGAUCGGAAGAUUCAAUGAGCGGGGGAUUGAGGCUACAAAGACUACAGGAGCCUAGCGAAAUGAUUGAUGGAUAAUGUGACAUUGAUUGUGUAUAGAAUCGAUAAAUCAAUUAUGUAUUUAAAACAAUAAACAAUUGACAAAUAAACGGAAAUGAUGGUUGGUUGGAAAAUCAUUUCUAGGCGGGACAUC